UUUAAUAAACAACCAACGACGCACUUUUAUACAUUCUUUGUUUAUUUUUCAUAUAUAAACUCCCACGGAAAAAACUUUGUCACAGUUGAAACAUGAUCAGUAAAAUAAUUGUAACAUUGUUCCUCGCUCUUUUUGGUGUUGUUCAAGGGACACCAAUUAAUGUGCGAAUCGUCAACGGUACUGAUGCCAAAGAAGGCGAAUUCCCUUACAUUGUAUCUUUACGACUUUUUGGUAAUCACAACUGUGCCGGAUCUAUUUUAAACGCAAGAACUGUGUUAACUGCAGCCCAUUGUGUUGUCAGUUAUGAUGUUUCCCUUCUUAGUGUACAAUACGGUAUCGUGGAAAUUAGUUCAGGCGAUAGUGCCCCUAACGUAGUUCAAGUAUCAAAAGUCACUUUUCACGAAAAUUAUACGGCAGGGAAUGGCUACAUUAACGAUAUUGCAGUUGUUGAAUUAGCGAAGCCUAUAGUUUUUGGGGCCUACGUCCAGCCAACAAAUCUACCAAUUGCUUUCAAUGCAACCCCGGAAAAUUCGCCAGCUUUACUGGCAGGAUGGGGUCUCCCCUAUUCAGGAGGUACCGUAAUGAAGCAUUUACAAAAAGUAAACAUUUUUGUGUAUUCUGAUGACGAUUGCGAAAGAAUUCACAAAGAAACAGGGCCCACAAAUAGGAAGUACCACGUUUGUGCUGGAGUACCAGAAGGUGGAAAAGGUCAGUGCAAUGGUGAUUCUGGUGGUCCAUUGACUGUGAACGGUGUCCAGGUUGGGAUAGUGUCAUGGUCCGUCAAACCGUGCGCUAUCAAGGGCUAUCCUGGAGUAUUCACCAAAGUUUCCAGCCACGUGUCCUGGAUUCGCAAGCAUAUUGCAAACACCUGAAAAAAUUACACUUUAUCUUUGUAUGAAUUGAUAUAUUUUUUUAUUUUGCUUACAAAUAAAUAUUUAAUCUCACACAA